CGAACCCUCAUGAGCAGAUUGUAAUCGACUUGAAGAAGCAGCAGCACCAUCUGGACUGCAUCUGAACAAUGGAGACAGCUCUAAGACAAACGGCAGAAAAAAGGCAAGUCUUUUUUCUUACUAUAUUGUUGCUUUGGGGGGAGGCUGGCUCAGAGACAAUUAGAUACUCCAUGCCAGAAGAAACAGAGAGUGGCUACUUAGUGGCUAACCUGGAAAAAGAUCUGAGGCUCAGGGUGGGGGAACUGGCCACUAGAGGGGCACAAAUCCAUUACAAAGGAAACAAAGAGCUCUUGCAGCUGGAUACAGAGACUGGGAAUUUACUCUUAAAGGAAAAACUAGAUCGUGAGGAGCUGUGUGGGGUGACAGAACCCUGUCUGCUGCACUUCCAACGGGACCUGGGCCCACCCAGGCUCACAACCCAGCACACCAUAACAGUGCGGGUCUCCGAUGUCAACGACAACGCCCCCGCCUUCACACAAACCUCCUACACCCUGUUUGUCCAGGAGAACAACAGCCCCGCCCUGCACAUAGGCACCAUCAGCGCCACAGACUCAGACUCAGGCUCCAAUGCCCACAUCACCUACUCGCUGCUGCCCACCCACGACCCGCAGCUGGCCCUCUCCUCGCUCAUCUCCAUCAAUGCAGACAACGGGCAGCUGUUCGCGCUCAGGGCGCUGGAUUAUGAGGCCCUGCAGACCUUCGAGUUCCGCGUGGGAGCCACAGACCAAGGCUCGCCUGCGCUCAGCAGUCAGGCUCUGGUGCGCGUGCUCGUGCUGGACGCCAAUGACAAUGCGCCCUUCGUGCUCUACCCUCUGCAGAACGCGUCUGCUCCCUUCACAGAGCUGCUGCCCAGGGCGGCGGAGCCAGGCUACCUGGUCACCAAGGUGGUGGCUGUGGACCGUGACUCUGGCCAGAAUGCCUGGCUGUCCUUCCAGCUGCUCAAGGCCACGGAACCAGGGCUGUUCACCGUGUGGGCUCACAAUGGCGAGGUGCGCACCUCCAGGCUGCUGAGUGAGCGCGAUGCUCCCAAGCACAGGCUGCUGCUGGUGGUCAAGGACAAUGGCGAUCCUCCUAGGUCUGCCAAUGUCACUCUUCAAGUGCUGGUGGUGGAUGGCUUCUCUCAGCCCUCCCUGCCUCUGCCUGAGGUGGCGCCCGACUCAGUGCAGGAUGAUGAUGUGCUCACACUCUAUUUAGUCAUUGCCUUGGCGUCAGUGUCUUCCCUCUUCCUCUUCUCUGUGCUGCUUUUCGUGGGUGUGAGGCUGUGCAGGAGGGCCAGGGAGACCUCUCUGCGUGAUUGCUCUUUGCCUGAGGGACACUUUCCUGGUCACCUGAUGGACAUCAGUGGCUCGGGGACCCUGUCCCAGAGCUACCAGUAUGAGGUGUGUCUGAAAGGUGGUACUGGAACAAAUGAGUUUAAAUUUCUUAAACCAUUAUUUCCUAACCUUCAGACUCAGGCGACUGCUGAAGAAAGAGAAAAUGCUCCUGUGCGUAACAGCUUUGAAUUCUAUUAGAGCCGUUAGUUAUUUUUAAGUAUUUACCUCAUUUAUCGUUAACUAUUCCUGAUACAGAGUGCAGUGAAUCUUCUUCCUGAAAUGUGUGUUUAUCUUUUGUUUUGUAUUUGUCUAUUCAGAUUUCAUCCUAGUAUAGAAAGUUUGAUUCUACUCCAUCGUGUUUGUUUAUAUUUCCUUCCUUCUUUCUUUCUUUCUUUUUAUUUUUUCGAGUCACGGUUUCUCUGUGUAGCUUUGUAGACCAGGCUGGCCUCAAACUCAGAGUUCCACCUCUUCCUCCCACGUGCUGGGAUUAAAGGUGUACGCCACCAGUGCCCAGCUGUUUGUUUAUAUGUCUAUGCCCUACCAAUGCAUGGAUGAGUUUGUAUUUUUUGCUCUUUUUUAGAACUGGUAUUUACUGUAAGGAAUAAGAACUUCUUUUAUUGUUAGUGGCAAUUUGUUUUGUUAUUUGAGAUGCAGUCUUACUUUGUAACCCUAGCUGAUCUGGAACGUUAAAUACACAUUGGCCAAAAAUUUGUGGUGAUCCAUCUGCUUGUGUCGUCCUAAGUCAGAUUAUUAGCAUGAACCAACAGGCUCAGCUGUGGUGAAGUUUGCCUUAAUAAAGAUCAAAUACUAGUUGUAUUUUCUGUGUAUUCUACUUGAAUCUAAGUUGAAAUUGCAAACUGCUUUAACAUCAUUUUCUUUAUUUAAAUCAUUGUUGAUGGAAGGGUCAUAAAUGAUGUUGCAAACCAUAUCCAAGAAAACGUGGUUCAAUGGAAACACUCUUUCACAGACAGUUGUGGGUUUUUUGUUCAGUCUUCAUCCCUGUGGUCAAAGAAAUAGUUAAACCUUUAACUCAAAGUAUAGCAUGACAAAGAAAAUCCUUAAUGUUCAGCUGAAUGUGUUUUUACAAGUUAAGAACACAACAUGCCAUCAAUGCCAGGGAAAAAUAAAGCAUCACUAACGUCCCAGGUACUACAUAAAUGAUCCUUUACAAGCACUAUUGGCCCAAGUAUAGCAAUCAUGAUUACUUUCAAUUGUAUGGUCUUGUGGCUUUGGGGUUUAUGUAAGUUCCUUGUAGAGUACCAACUGCUGUGUGUUAAUCUUCUUUCACUCUAUAUUGUGUUCA